CAAACAAGCAGAGCAUAUCAAACAGAGAAUCAAAGAUUUUACAAAAACACCUUUAACCUUUUCCAUUCAACAGUGAAGGUUGAGGCUCUUAUAAGAGAGGGGCUCACAAGGGUGCUUUUUCUAUGUGACAGCUUCUAUCUUUUUGAGCAAUUACUUCUUCGCCUUUCUCUCUCUAACUCAUAUACUUGCAGAAAAUAAAACACACACACUCUCUCUCUCACUCCCUUUCUCUCAGAUUUCUUACAACAAUAUCUCAUCAGAUUGCAAGUACUCUUUUUUGGAUUUGUUUUCUUGUUCUAGCUUUCAUCUCUUCCCCUUUUCUUUUCAUUCUCUUCUCCAACUUCCAUCUUAAAAAACCCAUCUUGGGUGUUUCUUCUUGGUUCUUUUGUUUCUUCUAUUUUUCGGCUCAGCUUUCUUUUCUUCAUCUUCAUUACCCCAUUUAGAAGUUUAAACAUUACAUAUUAGAAAGAAAAUGGGGUUUACUCUGUUCAGCACAAGAAUUAAUUUUCUAAUUUUUCUCUUAGUACUUUCAUCUCCUUGUGAGUUUAUCCGAAGUCCAAUGGACUUUGGUCCACUGAAACUCACUGGAACCACAGAUACAGCAUCACUGGAUUUCGGAAGGAUAUCUUUUAGAUCCCCGUUUGCUUUGUUUAAACCACAAUCAGCUGAAGAUAUUGCUCUUUUACUUAGUUUCAUCUAUACUUCUUCUUUCAGUAAGCUUACUGUGGCAGCUAAAGGAGCUGGACAUUCCAUUAACGGUCAAGCUCAAGCUCUCAAUGGCAUUGUUGUUGAAAUGGAUUCUCUUCCUUCCUCCAUUAAAAUACACAAAGAUGAAGAAAAGGGUAGUUAUGUUGAUGUUAGUGGUGGAACCCUUUGGAUUGAACUACUUGAGAAAACAUUAAAAGAAGGUCUUGCUCCAAGAUCAUGGACUGAUUACUUGUAUCUUAGCGUUGGUGGUACACUCUCAAAUGCUGGUAUCAGUGGCCAAACUUUCAAAUAUGGUCCUCAAAUCAGUAAUGUCCUUCAACUUGAUGUAGUUACUGGGACAGGAAAGCUCGUGACAUGUUCACCAUCAGAAAGUUCUGAACUUUUCUACGCAGCUUUAGGUGGACUAGGGCAGUUUGGUAUUAUAACAAAAGCCAGGAUCCUCCUCCAAGAAUCGCCAAAAAUUGUGAAAUGGGUAAGAACCUUCUAUGAAGAUUUUGGCCAAUUCAUCAAAGAUCAAGAAUUCUUGGUUGUUUCAAUGGAUGGUAAAGUGGAUUAUGUUGAAGGGUUUAUUGUAUUAAACAAAGAAUCUCUUCAAAGUUCUUUUACUGCCUUCCCUGCAAAUUUGGGUACUAUUGUUCCUCAACUCUAUCAAAAUGAAACUUCUUCUAAAGUCUACUACUGUAUUGAGUUUGCCAUCUAUGAUCAAUCUCACAAGGGUGUCAAGCUAGACCAAGUAGUGAAAGAGAUAUCGAAGGAUAUGAAUUAUUUACCGACACAGUUGUACAGUGUGGAGGUAUCUUAUUUGGAAUUUCUGAACAGAGUGAAAGUGGAAGAAGUGAAUUUGAGAAAAGUUGGAAUGUGGGAUGUUACACAUCCAUGGUUGAAUAUGUUUGUGCCAUUCAAUGGAAUUACUCAAUUCAAAGACUUGUUACUGGAAACAAUUUCAUCAUCUCCUUUUCAAGGCCCUAUUCUCAUUUAUCCCAUCAAAAGAGACAAGUGGAAUUCAGAUGCUUCAGCUGUAUUACCAGAAAGUGGUGGCAAAGAAGAAAAGAAUUUAGUAUAUGCAGUUGGAAUGUUACGAUCUGCGAACCCUAAUACGUGUACCAAGAAAUGUCUAAACGAAUUCCUACAACAAAACCUACAGAUUACUACAAAAGCAACUACAGAUUUAGGUGGGAAACAAUACUUGCCACAUUACACAGAUGAAGAACAGUGGAAACUACAUUUCGGCGGGAAAUGGGAGAGGUUUUUGGCGCGAAAAUCAGAAUUUGAUCCACUACAUUUACUGGCUCCUGGUCAGUCUAUAUUUAAAAGAACUCAGAAGAAUCCUGCUUCAAAACAACACCAUUGAAUCAUGAACACAUAUCCCAAAAUGAUAGAAGAAAUCUAACAAAGAACAAAGCAAAAAAAAUCAUUUUUUAAAAUUUCUUCUUGAUGGGUAGAGAGAGGAAGGGAAGGGGAAAUGCAUCUUGGGGGGUGAUGAAUUUGGAUGUAUAGGUAAAAAUAUAGUCAGCACUGUCAAAACCCUAACUUGUUUGUUUACCAAUGGACAUGAUAUUGAUUCCAUGAUACUAUUGAAAUAGCGGUAACAUUUCAAUCAA